AUGGUUGAACUGGAGAAGGACGUGCUGCCUUUGCCCCCUCGGUACCGGUUUCGAGACCUGUUGCUCGGGGACUGGCAGGCCGAUGACAGAGUCCAAGUGGAGUUCUAUGUGAACGAAAAUACAUUCAAGGAGCGCCUCAAGUUGUUCUUCAUCAAAAACCAAAGAUCAAGUCUCCGUGUGCGAAUGUUCAAUUUUUCUUUGAAAGUGCUAAGCUGCCUCCUCUACAUCGUCAGAGUGCUGUUGGAUAACCCAGGAGAAGCCAGACAAGAAUGGAAACUAAUCAUCUGGGUGGAUCGACCUCUGCCACUCUGGGCCUUGCAGGUUCUCGUGGCUUUUAUCAGCUUCUCAGAGACAAUGUUGCUUGUAUAUCUAAGUUAUAAGGGCAACGUCUGGGAGCAGGUCUUGCGUGUCCCGUUCAUUCUGGAGAUGAUCAGCGCCGUUCCCUUCAUGAUCACUGUGAUUUUGCCCUCCUUCAGAAAUCUCUUCAUCCCAGUUUUCCUCAAUUGCUGGCUGGCCAAACAUGCUCUGGAGAACAUGAUAAACGACCUCCACAGAGCGAUUCAGCGCACCCACUCAGCCAUGUUUAAUCAGGUGGUGAUCCUCAUCAGCACCCUGGUCUGCCUUAUGUUUACAUGUAUUUGUGGAAUCCAACACCUGGAGCGAGCGGGGAACAACUUGACGCUGUUCGACUCUUUGUACUUCUGUGUGGUCACGUUUUCCACGGUGGGCUUCGGAGACGUCACGCCCCAGAUCUGGCCCUCACAGCUCCUGGUCGUCAUCAUGAUCUUUGUGGCGCUCAUUGUUCUGCCUAUCCAAUUCGAACAGCUGGCCUUUCUGUGGAUGGAGAGGCAGAAGUCUGGUGGAAACUACAGCCGCUACCGGGCCCAGACUGAGAAGCACGUGGUCUUGUGUGUGAGCUGCCUCAAAAUCGACCUCCUCAUGGACUUCCUCAAUGAGUUUUUUGCACAUCCUCGACUCCAGGAUUACUAUGUGGUGAUCCUUUGUCCUGCUGAGAUGGAUGUGCAGGUUCGGAGAGUGCUUCAUGUUCCUCUAUGGGCCCAAAGAGUUAUUUACCUUCAAGGCUCAGCUCUGAAGGACCAGGACCUCAUGAGAGCAAAGAUGGACGAUGCUGAGGCCUGCUUUAUUCUCAGCAAUCGCUUCGAAGUGGAUCGCAUCGCUGCUGAUCACCAGACUAUCCUGCGGGCCUGGGCGGUGAAGGACUUCGCUCCAAACUGCCCCCUGUAUGUGCAGAUCCUCAAACCGGAGAACAAGUUCCACGUCAAGUUUGCAGAUCAUGUGGUGUGUGAAGAGGAGUUUAAGUACGCCAUGUUGGCUCUCAACUGUGUGUGUCCAGGGACCUCCACCCUCAUCACGCUGCUCAUCCACUCCUCCAGGGGGCAGGAGAGUGGGGUGUCCACAGCUGACCAAUGGCAUCGCACGUACCGCCGCUGUUCGGCCAAUGAGGUGCACCACAUCCGCCUGGAGGAGAGUAAAUUCUUUGGGGAGUAUCACGGCAAGAGUUUCACUUUUGCAUCAUUUCACGCACACAAAAAAUAUGGGGUGUGUUUGAUAGGAGUGCGGAGACUAGACACGACCAACAUCCUGCUGAACCCCGGCCCCUGCCACAUCAUGGGCGCAUCAGACACCUGUUUUUACAUCAACAUUUCCAAAGAAGAAAACUCCGCCUUCCGGGGGAGGGAUGGGAGAGGGGUCCACCAAAGCAUCUACCAUGGACUCACUCGUCUCCCAGUUCACAGCAUCAUUGCCAGCAUGGGUACUGUGGCGAUUGAUCUCCACGACUCGAGUGACAGCAAGAUGAGUGGGGCUAACACUCUUGCUCUGCCCGCCAUGGGGGACUCUGCGGAGGAGAGGCGGCACAGCAUCGCCCCUGUCCUGGAACUGGUGGACGGAGUCAGCCACUCAACCUUUGACCUUUUGGCAGACCAGUCUGAAGAUGAGGGGGAGGGGGAAAGUAAAGAGGACAGCGACAGAGAUGAGAGUGCGCACUGAUGGGUGAAAGGGUACCCUCUGAACUCCCCAUACAUCGGCAGCUCACCUGCACUGUGCCAUCUGCUUCAGGAGAAGAUGCCUUUUUGCUGCCUGCGUAUGGAUAAGGCCUGUCACCACAUCCCCUUUGAGGAUGCACGCUCGUAUGGCUUCAAAAACAAACUGAUCAUUGUGUCGGCGGAGAGCGCAGGGAAUGGCCUGUACAACUUUAUAGUGCCUCUGCGUGCCUACUAUAGACCCAGGAAGGAGCUUAACCCCAUUGUGCUGCUGCUGGAGAGCAUACCUGAAGCAGACUUCCUUGAGGCGAUAUGCUGGUUCCCCAUGGUCUUCUACACAGUGGGCUCCAUUGACAAUCUGGACAGCUUGUUGCGAUGUGGAGUCACGUUUGCAGACACCAUGGUGGUAGUAGACAAGGAGAGUUCGAUGAUCGCAGAGGAGGACUACAUGGCAGACGCGAAGACAAUUGUAAAUGUUCAAACGCUUUUCAGAUUGUUUCCAGCUCUCAGCAUCAUCACGGAGCUCACACAUCCAGCCAACAUGCGCUUCAUGCAGUUCAAAGUCAAAGACCAUUACUCUCUGGCUCUGUCCAAACUCGAGAAGAAGGAAAGAGAAAAAGGCUCCAACUUGGUGUUCAUGUUUCGCUUGCCCUUCGCUGCAGGGAAGGUCUUCAGUGUUAGCAUGCUAGACACACUGCUGUAUCAGUCAUUCGUAAAAGACUACAUGAUCUCCAUUGCCAGACUGCUUCUUGGCCUGGACUCCAUGCCUGGGUCUGGAUUCCUAUGUGCCAUGAAAAUAACAGAAGAUGAUCUAUGGAUAAGAACUUAUGGACGACUUUACCAGAAACUGUGCUCAUCCACCGGAGACAUUCCCAUUGGGAUUUACAGAACAGAAGCACACAAGCUGCCAGUGUCAGAGUCCCAAGUGUCUAUCACAGUGGAGGACUAUGAGGACACCAGGGAGAGCAGAGAGCCUCUUCUGUCAGGCUCUCACCGAAACUCCACCUCCUCCGAGCCCAUCUCCUCCUCAUCCCACACCACGGACCACCCGCUGCUGAGGAGGAAGAGCAUGCAGUGGGCACGCAGACUGAGCCGGAAAGGGGGGAGGACUUCCAAGCGGAUCAGCCAACAGAGACUCACCCUGUUCAGGCGCUCCGAGAGACAAGAGCUCAACGCCUUAGUCCGGACCAGGAUGAAACACUUGGGCCUGUCUCCCACUGGAUUCAAUGGAAUGACCGACCAAGGCAACAGACUGUCCUACAUCCUCAUCAACCCUUCUCCGGACACUCGGCUGGAGCUGCAUGAUGUUGUGUAUUUAAUCAGACCAGAUCCCCUCUCAAUCGUCCCCAAUCAGGGAAACAGUCGGAAGUGCAGCGCCGGCCUUUCAGAUAGUCAUCGGUUUGAUACGCAGGACAGCACCCAUCUGUGAGAAACAUAAAUAAACAAACACUGUCCCAAUAUGGAAUAAGAAACCAAGACUUAAUUUCACUGAAGAAUGGAUGGCACAAGCACAAACUCAAUGCUGAACUCAGAAGUGCCAAGACAUGCAUGGACCUUUUCUAUAAUAACAACUGGGAAUGUUUUAUGUAUGCACCUUCAGAUUUUCAAAUGGAGAGCUGCGGACACAAGUGCAUUUAUGAGAAGAAAAAAAACAUAUUUAUUUAUUUGUAUGUAUGUGCAUGUUACUGCAUCAUGUACUGCAUCGCGUACUUUAUGUGCCGUUUGAAUGUAUACAUGUGAGGAAGUAUACAACUAUGAGACGAGAACUGUGGGAGAAUGGAGGAGGUGGGGCCACUAGCAAAUGUUUGCUUUUAUUUAGUGUCUAUCAGAUAAGUUCGCUAUAUCUGUUAUGUACGUAUUAUGCUUACUCAUGAUGAUGAUGUGUGUGUUUAUCCUUCCUUUCUGUUAUUGUUAAUUCAGGCUUGGUACUCCCUUUUGACUAAUUUUGAUUGUAUGAUAAGGCUUACACUUUAAUAUCUAAAACUAACACAAAGUUUGUCUUCAAAGCAACUGAAAAGUAACAGCCAACUUUUGAUAAUGUUUUCAGAAAUGCUUAGUAAUGGGCUAAAACAAAUAGUAUAGUAAUAGUAAUACUGUACCAAUAGGAUUAGAAGUAUACUAGCCUAAUAAGGUUUGGAAAGAUUAGACUAUUAGAUAUUCUGUGGAAAUAAUUAAUAGAAUUAAUUAAAAUGAGAUGAGUGGGUGUUUAUCACAUUGUGUCUAUAUACACUGUCUUCAUGGAGAACUGCCUCCAUUAUGGAUCAGGUCCCCAUGAUGCAAAUGCUUCAUUAUUAGAUCAACAACAUGGUUUACAGAUCAAAUAUGGGUUAAAAUAGAUUCAAUUUCAGGUUAAGAUUAGACAUUAGCAACUAUGGAUAAAGUUAGGAUUAGUCUACAGAAAAUUACUGUAAAUCAAUGUAACGUUCCUAAAAAGCAAACAUGCAUGUGCCAGCCUGUGUAACAUCAUCUCUAUACUUCAUUACCCAUAUCCACAUACGCAUUACAUCUAUCUCUUAAGUUGUCUUUACUUUUAAUUUGAAUAUUAAUCAAUGUCCACCCUCCAAAAUUCUCCUACAGUAUUCAGUAAGAGCAAGACACUGCCAAUUUCUCCCCUAGAGGCCAAAUGAAAGAUGUCCUUCUAUGUUGUGGGUGUGUUUUUGUCACACUAAAUGUUGUAUUCAAAUGUGACUUAAACAACUUGUUAGAUUUUUAUAAUAUUUAUUUGUAUGUGUUGCUUACAUCCUUUGUUUCACCAGCAGUGGGGGACACAAAGAGUGUUAAACAUCGAGAUGACCGACUCUUUAAGUUUGGACUGUCAGUGCGGGGCAUUGAGUUACAUUGGUUAUGUGUCUUGUUUGGAUGUAAGUACACAAAUUCACCUUUG